CACAGAGCGAGCGGAUCAGGUCGCAGUAAGCCUUUAAUUAACUCCUACAUUUCAGAUCCAACAGCAAUCUUGAGAGAAGCCGUGAAGGAUGGCUACAUUCCCCACGACACUCACAGCCUUCUCACCUGCUCCUUCAGUCCAGACUGCGUGGCCCAUCCUCUCACUCCUGACCAGGAAAUGUGGCUCCCCACUUCUGCAGAAGGUCCUGAAGAGGAGGCAAACCCAAGACGACAGAAAAAAGCCACCGCAGCUCCUCCUAUAUCAAUAUCAGCUGAGAAACCAAAUCUCCCCCAACUGCUUGAAGUCGAUUUACAUUCCCGAGUUGCACCCAAAAUCAAAGUUUUCGGGACAUUUCUCCUCCAAGAUGACCUCGGGAACAAGAUGGAGAUUAUCAGAAAGAGGGUACGUGAAGACCCAGAGGAAAUGGCAAUGGAGGUUCUGAGGGAGUGGCUGCAAGGGAAGGGGGUGGAGGUGUCGUGGGAGAGCCUCAUAGCAACUCUGAGGAAGAGCAAACUGAAACUUAUGGCCGACCAGAUUCAAAUUGCUCUGGACCAACUAAGAUCUUGAUGCAUUGUGCUCCUAAAUUUUCAUGUUGACAAUGUAUUAU